AUGUAUAUACUGCAAUGCUCCGAGCCAGUAUCAGCCGCACUAUUCGACUCGGAAGAUGGCAGAGAUGAAUUGGAUCGUAUAGUAGGGGGAAGUAAAGCUCCAAAUGGAUCGGCUCCUUAUCAAGUCUCAUUGCGAUGGUUUGGUGUCAGACAUUUCUGUGGGGCCUCCAUUAUUACUACUAAGGUUAUUUUGACAGCCGCUCAUUGUGUUGACAGGAUGAAGCCACACUAUUUCAUGGCGAUAGUGGGUACAAACCAACUGAGAUCUGGUGGUACACCGUACCCGAUCCGCAAGUUCGUACGUCACGAGGAUUACGAUGAUCAACUGAUAAAGAAUGAUAUUGCUGUCCUUUUCACACUUAUGGAGAUGAAGUUAGGUGGUGACGUAGACGCUGUUGAAUUGAACAAUGAACCAGUGAUGCCUGGUGAGAAAUUGUUACUGACUGGAUGGGGUACAACUUCUUAUCCAGGCAAAGCGCCAAACGACCUAAUGAUGCUAGAAUUAAACGCUAUCUCUUUGGAUGACUGUCGGGAAGCACAUAAGAAUAUAAACCCAGUGUUCGAGUCGCAGAUCUGUGCCCUCACUAAGGAAGGAGAAGGGGCUUGUCAUGGUGACUCGGGUGGACCCUUAGUGAGGGAAGGCAGGCAAGUUGGCGUCGUAUCCUGGGGUAUACCGUGCGCGAAGGGCAAACCUGACGUGUACACUAAGGUGGAAUCAUUUAUGGACUGGAUAGAAAAAACCCUGGCUGACGAUAAUGCAGAUCAUAUCAAAGAACUUAACUUGAGAAAAAGUAAUCGACACGUUUAA